CGUGUAAAGCUCGCGGGGUGCACUGUUAGUCGUCGAAAGUGUUUUCCAUAUUUCAUAUAAUUUAGUUGUUCAGCUUAUUUCGUUUUGAUUCAAGUUUUAUUUAAUUAGAAAACAGCACCAUGGCAUACCAGCUGUCCAAAAUUGGAUCCGCCUUAUCCGGAAAUUUAACUAAAACGGCUUUGCGCAGCAUCAGCACAACCGGAGUGGUCUGUGAGCCGAGGAAAGUUCCCGAUAAGACCGGCAAAAAUGUUGUUUUGGUUGAUGGCGUUCGAACGCCGUUCCUGAUGUCCGGUACCGGCUAUUCGAAACUGAUGCCACACGAACUGGCUCGUCAUUCGUUGCUGAGCCUCUUGAGAAAAACCAAAGUGGACAAGGAUGUGAUCGACUACAUUGUGUACGGUACCGUCAUACAGGAGGUAAAAACGUCGAACAUUGCACGUGAGGCCGCCCUUGCGGCCGGUUUUAGCAACAAAACCCCCGCGCACACGGUCACGAUGGCUUGCAUCAGUUCGAAUCAGGCCAUCACCACCGGUAUUGGGCUGAUAGCGACCGGAACGUAUGACACAAUCGUCGCUGGUGGCGUUGAGUUCAUGUCCGAUGUACCGAUCCGACACAGUCGGAAAAUGCGUUCGCUGAUGUUGCGUGCCAACAAGGCUAAAUCGGUCGGUCAGCGGCUGCAGCUAUUGGCAUCGAUUCGGCCGGAUUUCUUCGUUCCAGAGCUGCCGGCUGUGGCGGAGUUUUCCUCUGGAGAAACUAUGGGCCAUUCGGCUGAUCGAUUGGCCGCGUCCUUUAACGCUAGCCGUCAGGAACAGGACGAUUAUGCUCUAAGAUCGCACACACUGGCAAAGGAAGCUCAGGAUAAGGGUUACAUGACCGAUUUGGUCCCAUUCAAAGUGACCGGCGUGGAUAAGACCGUUGACAAAGACAAUGGUAUUCGGGUUUCCAGCAAGGAAGCAUUGGCGAAACUGAAACCUGCUUUCGUCAAACCAUACGGAACGGUUACAGCUGCUAACGCGUCCUUCCUGACGGACGGUGCUUCCGCUUGUCUGGUCAUGACCGAAGCCAAAGCAAAGGAGCUUGGUCUGCGCCCGAAAGCUUAUCUGCGAGAUUUCCUGUACGUUUCACAGGAUCCGAUCGAUCAGCUAUUGCUCGGUCCGGCCUACGGUAUCCCGAAGCUGCUGAAGAAGGCCGGUCUGACGCUGAAGGACAUUGAUUCGUGGGAAAUUCAUGAAGCUUUCGCUGGUCAAAUCAUUGCCAACCUGAAGGCUCUUGACUCCGACUACUUCUGCAAGAAUUAUCUCGGAUUGAAUGAAAAGUUUGGCACCCCAGAUCUGAGCAAAUGGAAUAACUGGGGUGGUUCUUUGUCGAUUGGACACCCCUUCGCAGCCACCGGUGUGAGACUGUGCAUGCACACGGCAAACCGAUUGGUGCGUGAAAAUGGUCAGCUGGGAGUGAUUGCGGCCUGCGCCGCCGGCGGUCAAGGUGUUGCAAUGCUACUCGAGCGGCAUCCGGAUGCCACUGCAGAGUGAGUGAUGCUUUGAAGGUACCUUAACGUUUCCUUUUUGUUUGUUUCUGAAUUACUAACGGUUCUAUCUAUACGUGUAAAGUGAGAAUUUACCGAGCAUUUUUCCAUCUGUUGUUGAGACAAGAAUUCCUUAUUUUUUUCCGAACUCGACAAUCAUGUUUUCAAUUGUUCAUCACAGAAUGCAAUGGUUUUAUCGAAGUUUAUAUUUUUUAUGUUUAUUGCAUUACAUACUAACCGAAAAUAAAACUAUCUUUUGUUAGUAAGUAA